AGCACUAGUGAGGCUUCGCCGACCGCCAGCGAAGGGCCGGGCGCGCCGCACGCACAGGCAGCCAGCCACACUUCAGGGCUCGCUCACGCCAAACACUUGGGCGCACGGCAGCAGCGGCGCGACUUUGGCUGCGCUCACACUUGUACAAAAGAACACAAAGGCCUCUUCUGGGCAGUGAGCGGACAGAAUCCCGAGAGGGGGGGUUUUCACCGCGGUCCUCACUGAGCGGCUCGAGACAAGCAAGAGGAGUGUAUCCCCGUCGAUCAUGCCGGCCCCGUGGUGCUGCUGCUGAGGAGAGCUGACCACGACGCGCACGUCACCACGGGCAACAGAGAUGGUGGCCUCGGGUCUAACCCAAAGAUUGCUGCUGCUAUCUACACUCGCGCUGUGCUUCUAUAGCGCACUGUCUUCUAAUUACCCGGCAGGAUACCGGCAAUUCUAUCGCGACCCACGGUACAACCAAACCGGAUGGAACAAUGGCCGGGGCCAGGGCGGAGUCCAGCGAAAUGGUUAUAACGGCUACGCUGCUGAACAGCGAAACUGCAGCUCAUGCUCGGGAUGCAGGUGUAUAGGGGAAAAAGGAUCUCGGGGAACGCCGGGUGCAUCCGGUCCUCCAGGCCCUCCUGGCGUCCAGGGACACCCUGGACCCGAAGGUCUGCCUGGCGAUAAAGGAGAAAAAGGAGAAGCUGGCCGGGACGGACCCCGCGGCCCUAAGGGAGAACGGGGAAAAAUGGGCAUGCCUGGCUUCCCUGGAAUUAACGGAAUACCGGGCGUUCCGGGAUCUCCGGGAUCUAGAGGAACACCUGGCCUUGAUGGUUGCAAUGGUACAAAGGGAGAUCCUGGGCCGGUCGGUCCUCUUGGACCACACGGGCCGCCCGGUGACCCUGGCCCACCUGGUCCACCAGGACCGAGAGGAGAGCCCGCCUAUGGACCCCCUGGAACAAAAGGAGAGAAGGGUGACCCCGGACGCAAUGGUCAAGUUGGACCUCCCGGACCUCCAGGAGCUGAUGGCCUUCCUGGACAAAAGGGUGACGUUGGCCCUGAAGGACCACCGGGUUUCCGAGGAAAUGACGGACCAGUAGGACCUAAAGGAAACAUGGGCAUCGGUUUUACUGGAAGCAAGGGAGAGCCUGGUGAAAAGGGCUCCCAAGGGCCACGUGGAUUACCCGGGAACUGCAGCGAGCCAAGUCAUAAGGUUCCUGACAGUAUUGUUGGCCCUCCUGGCGAGAGAGGACCUAAGGGCAGCAAGGGUGAACCUGGUAUGAAAGGAGACCCAGGACAGUCUGGAAAUCCAGGACCCAGCGGAAAACACGGUGACAUUGGCAUGAAAGGAGAAAAGGGUUUGCCAGGCCACCCCGGUCCCAGGGGCAAAGAUGGCUACCCAGGUCCCGUAGGGCCGGCAGGAUUCAAGGGUGACAGAGGAGAUGAAGGUCUUCCUGGUUUGAAAGGCGUAAGCGGCCUGCGAGGUGACCCCGGCGUCCCCGGUGAACCAGGUCCUCGUGGUCUGCCAGGACCACCUGGUCUUCCAGGAGGAUCUCAAGGCAUGGCCGGUCCCGCUGGACCUCCUGGUCCUAAAGGUGCGCCAGGUCUACCUGGUCCACCCGGAAAAGAUGGAUUCCCCGGUGACCUUGGUCCUCGUGGUUUACCGGGAGAUCCCGGAGGACCUGGCCUACCCGGCAUACCAGGACGCGAAGGUCCACCUGGACCUAAGGGUGACAAGGGUGACAACGGACUUCCAGGCCUGCCUGGUCUUGAUGGCCCAACAGGCUACCCGGGAGCCCCAGGUCCCAAGGGUGAACCUGGUCCGAAGGGCGUCCCCGGCAUCUCCUACCCGGGUAUCAAAGGCAUGGAUGGAAGCAAUGGUCUUGAUGGCUUUCCUGGAGCCAAGGGAGAAAGGGGACCUAAAGGAGAGCGCGGUGCCCCCGGUGACUCUCUGGAGGGAAUUCCUGGUCGACCCGGUCCCGUUGGACCUAAGGGAGAUAAAGGCUACGACGGAUUACCCGGUACACCUGGCACACCUGGAACUCCAGGCUCCAAAGGUGAGAAGGGAGGAAGUUGCUCAUCCUGCGUGCCGGGCGCUAAGGGCGAGAAAGGUGAGCGUGGUCGUGAUGGAGCACCGGGUCAGGCUGGAGCGAGAGGCCAUGAUGGAAUUCAGGGUGCCCCUGGAGAACGCGGAGAUGACGGCCUACCCGGACCACCAGGACCACCUGGCGCCGAGGGUAUUCCCGGCAGGCCAGGCCGGGAUGGAGAACGGGGAGAAAAGGGUGAACCGGCAAUUUUCGACACACUAGUCAUCCCGCCGGGAGUAGGCCAGAAAGGAGAAAAGGGCGUACAAGGACUCUCAGGACCUCCCGGCUUCGACGGCCGUGAUGGACCUCCAGGACCUCCCGGUCUUGACGGAAUGCGUGGACUGAAGGGUGAAAAGGGUUUCCCUGGGGUUCCCGGAAGUCCCGGCCAGCCUGGAGUUGAGGGUCGGCCAGGUCCUAUGGGGCAGAAGGGAGACGCCGGAUAUGGUCGCAAGGGUGAACCGGGAGAGAGGGGCCCCAAGGGACAGCAAGGCUUCCAAGGAAUGAAGGGCGAGAAAGGGUUGCGUGGUCCACCAGGUCCUGGCAGCUUGACGGAACCAGUGCGUGGACCUUCUGGGCCUUCUGGAGAUACAGGUAGGCCUGGCCUUGACGGACUGCAGGGACCGAAGGGUGACGCUGGCAUUCCUGGUCGAGACGGAUUCCCGGGUGUGAAGGGAGAAAGGGGAGACUCUGGAUUUCCUGGACAGCCUGGUCCCAGAGGUCUACCGGGACCUCGUGGUGAGAAGGGUGAGCAGGGGCCUUCAGGAAUUCCCGGAGAACCAGGAGCAAAGGGCAACCCUGGACCACCAGGUCUCGACGGGCCCCCAGGACCCAUUGGUGAGCCUGGCUUCCCCGGCUCUGGCCUCCCAGGACCACCAGGUCUACCUGGCUUCCCUGGACUGAAGGGAGACAGGGGAUUCCCAGGAGGCCCCGGCCUGCCAGGUGAACCAGGACUGCCGGGAUUCCCGGGACCGAAGGGUGACACCGGUGCCCCAGGAUUGCCCGGUGUAUUGGGCGAAAAGGGUAACAAAGGUGAACCAGCGAGAGAAGGUACCCCCGGACCUCAAGGACUUCAAGGUUUGCCCGGACUCCCUGGGGAGAAAGGCGAGCCCGGCUACCCUGGCCUAUCAGGAUCACCUGGUGCACCAGGACUUCCAGGACAAAAGGGUGAAGCCGGCUUUCCUGGCCUUCCCGGUCUCCCUGGUUUUGAUGGAGCGCCAGGAGCGCCUGGAGAGCCCGGACGUGACGGAACUAUUGGCUUUCCGGGAGUACCAGGUGAAAAGGGUGACAAAGGAAGUCCUGGAUUCCCUGGAAUUUCUGGCCAGCGUGGUGCCGAUGGACUACCGGGUCUGGCUGGCGAAAAAGGCGACGCCGGCUACCCCGGUGCUCCUGGACCCGUCGGUCCCCCAGGAGCACCUGGAUUUAAAGGAGAACCUGGACUACCCGGAGUGCCAGGAGAAAAGGGUCUACCUGGAGACGUUUCCGAAAAGGGAGACAGAGGUUACCCGGGUCUUCCUGGAACCCCUGGCCCUGUUGGUCCCCCAGGAGAACCAGGUUAUGACGGAGUUUCUGGUCUAAAGGGAGAACCUGGACCACCAGGCCAAGGUCUGCCAGGCCUUCAGGGCCCGCCAGGAGAGAAAGGAGCUGAUGGGUUCCCAGGUGUCCCUGGAACACCAGGAGAGAAAGGUGCUGAUGGAGCACCUGGUUUUCCCGGUGCUAAGGGAGAUAGGGGCUUCCCCGGUAUCCCAGGCCCUCCAGGUCAACCUGGACGUGAUGGCGCACCAGGUAUACCAGGACCAAAGGGAUUGGAUGGUGCCCCAGGCUUACAAGGCAUCAAGGGAGACCGCGGACAAGAUGGCUAUCCGGGACCUACCGGUCCCGCCGGACCUGUCGGACCUACCGGAUCACCUGGUUUCCCCGGCCUAGACGGAGCGCCAGGCCAAAAGGGAGACCGUGGCUACCCUGGCAUCCCCGGCGUAAAGGGAGAAAAGGGUGUGAAGGGAGACGAAGGUGUUCCUGGCCUUCCAGGUUUUCCCGGUGACAAAGGAAACCGAGGAUACGAUGGAGUUCCCGGACUCCCAGGUGAAAAGGGAGACAGAGGGGCGCCCGGACUGCCGGGUCUUGCUGGCCUUGAUGGAGAACGAGGGUUCCCAGGUGCCCCCGGACCUCAGGGCCUUCCAGGACUUCCAGGACAAGGGGGAGUCGGUGCCAAGGGUGAAAAAGGCGACGUUGGUCGACCCGGCCUAGAUGGUUUUCCAGGAGUUCCAGGUUUUAAGGGCGAUGCGGGUUUUCCCGGUCUACCCGGUCAGAGAGGACCCCCAGGCGAGUCCCCCACUGAAGGUAUUCCUGGACAGAAGGGUGAGCGCGGCUACCCCGGCCCUCCUGGUCUGCCUGGUCAGGAUGGUUACCCAGGUCCCAAGGGCCAAGAUGGUUUCCCGGGCCGUGACGGUGAUAAGGGAGAUGCCGGCUUCCCAGGCCUUCCCGGACCCCCGGGACCACCUGGAGCACCAGGACUUCCCGGCCAAGAUGGAUACCCUGGCGUUUCUGGAGCAAAGGGUGACAAGGGUGACGCCGGAUUCCCGGGUCUUCCAGGAUUGGUUGGCCUCAAGGGAGAACCCGGUCUUCCUGGAUUCGCUGGUUUGGACGGUCCCCCCGGGUACCCUGGUGCUCAGGGAGACAGAGGAGAACCAGGCCUUGUAAUACAAGGUGAAAAGGGUGAGCGCGGACUACCAGGUCCUCCGGGGCUAGCAGGACCUAAGGGCAACCCAGGAGCUCCAGGUUUCCCAGGGCUCAAGGGAGAUGCUGGUCGACCAGGUCCACAAGGGCCUCCAGGACCAGUGGGUCCUGUGGGACCAAAGGGAGAACGUGGUCUUCAAGGUACUGCAGGUCUGCCAGGUCUGCCGGGAGCACAAGGUCAACCAGGCAAUCCGGGUCUGCCAGGGCUACCCGGUGGCGACUAUCUCAUGGGAAUCUUGCUGGUUCGCCACAGCCAGUCGGCCACCGUGCCGACCUGCUUCAAUGGCAUGACCAAGCUGUGGGAUGGCUACUCGCUCCUAUACAUCGAAGGCAACGAGAAGUCCCACAACCAAGAUCUCGGUUACGCCGGCUCUUGCCUGAGAAGAUUUAGCACGAUGCCGUUCCUGUUUUGUGACUUCAACAGCGUGUGCAAUUACGCAAGCCGUAACGACAAGUCGUACUGGCUUUCAACGAACGCCCCGAUACCAAUGAUGCCCGUCGGAGAAGACACCAUUAGGCAGUACAUCAGUCGAUGCGUGGUCUGCGAAGCCCCAGCCAAUGUCAUAGCAGUCCACAGCCAGUCCAUGUCAAUACCCGAGUGUCCAUCUGGAGGAUGGAACCAGUUGUGGAUCGGUUACAGUUUUGCCAUGCACACGGCCGCCGGCGCCGAAGGAGGUGGUCAGUCACUUUCCAGUCCCGGAUCCUGCCUCGAGGACUUCAGGGCCACACCGUUCAUUGAGUGUAACGGUGCGCGUGGCACGUGCCAUUACUUCGCCAAUAAGCUCAGCUUCUGGCUUUCCACUAUCGAACAGGACUUCCAGUUCGAACGGCCUGUCAGUGAAACGCUCAAGGCUGGCAAGCUUCGCAACCGUGUUAGUCGCUGUGCUGUAUGCAUCAAGGACUCAAACAUCGGCUUCUAGGCACACAGAUGGCGAGUAAAAGAACAACGGACAGUGCCCAACAGGAGAGCUAAGGACCCACACUAUAUGUAAUGGGGUGGAAUGAGGUUCCGAAACACGAUGUGGGUCCUUCUUUUCUUUUUUUUUGCACUUGACUCAAAAAAAAAUUUUAUUGUUGUUGUUGUUACUGUUUUCUACUUCUUUUUUGUUUUUUCCUUUCAUCAGCACAGGUGGAACCCAGCUUGUCUUCUUGCCGUUUUGUUGCAGGAUAGUAAACGGCGCAUUUGUACAUGUUUUCAUCGUAGCUCUUGAACUUAAACGGUGCUUCUUUUUGUUUUCUUCUAGACUCGACGCUAACAUGCAAAGCUGCUUAGCAGCAAACUGCCAAGUCAAAAUACCACACGUACCAACACACAUUAAUGAUACUCGAAAACACCUAUGAAGUGAAUGCUCUUUUAAUCAGACAAUCAGGAACGCUUACUGUGCGAUUCAUGCUGGUGCUGUCCGCAAGUUUGCCAGUUACAAUGCAAGGUAGCAGUGGAGAACUUGUCCCUGUAUUUAAUAUCAUUUGUUUUGCUUGAGCGUCUACCUUUUUUCUUGUUAUGCUGCUGCGACCAAUGAGUGGAUCAAGGGUUCAAAACUUGAGAUACAUCGUCACGACAUACAUCUGCACCACUUUCGCUUUUGCAAAGUACGCCAAGCAGUUCUCUUCCUCUUUUUUCCCCUCUUUCAACAAUGUGUGCUGCAUUUUCUCCUGUAACACUGCCAUUUUUAUAUUAUCAGACCAAUUUUGUAGGCUGUACAACCUCACUGUGUGACGUCAAAUGUGUUGUUUACUUGAGCAGCGCAGUCUAGAAUUGUUUUUCUUUUAGAGCAUCAUGUUUGAGGCUUCUGGGGUCGGGGAACACUGCCAUUGAACUUAAACUAGUCGCUCUGUGUAAAAAAAUUAUGUUGCAUAAAAUAAAACAAUGCUAAGCAUUUUUAUGUUCCUAAA